UAAAGCUUGGCAGAUGGGUUAAGAUUUUGAGCGGAUUUGGUAGUUUUAUAUCUGGUCUGGUGUUGUAUUUUGACAUUAGUGGAUUAUCUUACUAUAAGGUGUUUCAACUGGGAAAGGCACUGAAGCAAGAAGGAAGGGUCUUCAUCCAGCCAGCCAGUCACAGCACAGACACUUUAGGUAUUAAAAGCGUCUUCUUCGAGGACCCGUCCGUAUGUUUGGCAGUCGCUGAGCUCACAAACCUGACACAAACCACAGACUGAGGCGCAGUGAUCGAAUUGAGAUGCCUUCCUUAGACAUGCUGCUUAAACAAGUCAUUCCGUCCAAACAGAGUUAUUCAAGAUUCUGAAAACGUUUUAGGGGUUUGAAAUUUGUAGGAAGUUGCUUGAGUAAAUUUGAACAGACAGACAGACAUAACCCUGACAUUGAAAAACAAAACAAGCAUUUAGUUGUUUGUACCUAAUGAGCUUUCUAAAUUGAGAAAGGUGAUGUAAACCAACUGAACUGCAAACUUGUGAUUUCUUAUGCAAAUAUUAGAUGUAAAACUACUAUACUGAACAAGGUGGUGUCUUUUUGUGAGCAUUUGUGAAAAUGGCUUCAGUUUUGUACCUAGCAAUAUUUUACUCACAUUACGUUCUGCUGACAAUGGGAGAAAAUGCCAGUUUAACUUACCAUUUAAUAGAAGAACAACCUGUGGGGACAUUUAUUGGAAAUGUGGCUAUAGACAGUAAGCUCUAUAGCACAUUUAGUCAAGAUGAACUUGACAACUUGAAGUAUGCAAUUUUCACUCAAACAAACCACAUUGCACAAAAAUUUUCCAUAGAUGAAAGCAAAGGAACAAUAAAGACUGCUGAAGUUUUGGACAGAGAGGUGGAGUGUGAGUUUGAAGUUAACUGUAGACUUAGUUUUGAUGUUGGUGUGUAUUUCAAAGAUACUGUCACAAAUACAUAUGAUCUCAAUAAAAUCAUUCGUGUACAUAAUAUUCUUGAAGAUAUAAAUGACAAUGCACCAUAUUUUCCACACAGUGAGGUAACUUUGAGUGUUCCAGAAUCAGUUUCCAUUAAUCACGUGCUUCUAACAAGUGGUGCCAUUGACCUAGACACAGGACCAAAUAAUUCAGUCCAAAUCUAUGACCUUCAACCAAAGGACAGUUUCUUUGACCUCAAAGUAAUAUCAAACCCGGAUGGUAGCUCAGAUCUGGGGAUUGUGGUAAAACAUCUUCUUGACAGAGAAGAACAGAACAUGUUUCAAGUGGUUAUAUUGGCUCGUGAUGGAGGAACUGAGGCAAAGUCUGGAACAGUGACUAUUAACAUUGAAGUGACUGAUGUUAAUGAUAACAGACCAGUGUUUAAUAAAUCAGUAUUCAACAUCACUGUUUUUGAAGACAUUCCAAUCGGAAAACAAAUAUUAAAACUUUCAGCUUCAGAUGCAGAUAACAACUUAAAUGGGAAGAUUUCUUUUCACUUUAGUUCAAGAACAUCAGAGAAAGUGAAGAGAUUAUUCCAUAUUAAUGAGACUUCAGGGGAGCUGUAUUCUCUGAAGUAUUUGGAUUUUGAACAUGACAGAAAGUAUCAGUUUCUUGUGGAGGUGAAAGAUUUUGGGAGCCCAUCUCUGUCUUCACAAGCAUCAGUGACUGUCAAUGUGGCUGAUGCCAAUGAUAAUGCACCUCAGAUUAUUGUCUCAUUGCCAAACACAGGAAGAGAGGUUUCUGAAAAUGCUGCUCUUGACACAUUCAUUGUCCAUGUUUCAGUUUCAGAUGCUGAUAGUGGGAGAAAUGGGGAGGUCUCUUGCAAUAUUUCUGACAAUCAUUUUAAGCUGGUAAAGUUUUCUGAUUUUAACUAUUACAAAAUCUUAAUCCAAAAAGAAUUGGAUUAUGAAAGGCUGCAUAUUCACAACAUCACAAUAAUGUGUAAAGAUAGUGGUGAAAAACCACUGUACAAUUCUUCACACUUCCUCGUCAGAGUUCUUGACAUCAAUGACAAUGCCCCAAUGUUUGUAAGUGAUGUUUUGACUGGACAUGUGAUGGAAAACAACAAGAUUGGUGAUCUUGUCAUGACUCUUUCUGCCCUGGACCUCGAUGGAGAUGAAAACAAUAACAUCAUUUAUCAGAUUGCCAGUGACAAUGCUUCUCAGUUUACUCUUGAUCAGUUUACAGGACAAAUUUCUGCUCUAACAGUUUUUGACCAUGAAAUGAUUUCAUAUUUUGAGUUCAUCAUCACAGCAAGUGAUUCUGGGACACCAUCACUAACUUCAACAGCAACAGUUGUUGUGACUGUUUCUGACCAAAAUGACAAUCCACCAAAGUUUGUUGUACCUCACUUUUAUUUGAGUGUCAUUGAAAAUCAGCCAUCUUAUGUUAUUGUUGGCAAACUGAAUGCAACAGAUAGGGACUCUGUUGAUAACUUCCGCUUCUCAUUUUAUAAGUCUUCUGAUAUGGUAAAAUAUUUUACCAUUGAUGCUCUAACUGGCUUGAUGAAGACUACACAGAGUCUGUCCAGUGUUGUACAAAGUGAUUACCAUUUCAGAGUAAUUGUCACUGACCCUGAAGUACCAUCAUUCUCUGAUGUUGCUAAUGUUACAGUUCAUGUGACGAAAGACAUAAACAAUCCUCCAAGCAUCACCUUCCCAAACAACGACACAAUAUAUGUUCCCUUUGACAGAUCAGUUGGCAGCGUUAUCACUGUGAUGAGGGCGGUAGAUGAUGACAAAUCACCCACUGCCACUUUAACAUUCACCAUUGAACAAGGAAACUACAACAAUCUGUUCUUCAUGAGCCUGACAUCCGGGGAGCUAGUUAUUGGCAGGGAGAUGACAUCAGAUGAUGUUGGUACCUACAAGUUGGUUCUUGCUGCUCACGAUAGCGGCAUUCCUCCACAUUCAUCAUAUGCUGUUUUGUAUGUGACUGUAACCAUGGAACCGAUGAGCACAGAAUACAACCAGAAUGUGAUGAUUGUCAUCACUCUGGUCUGUGUGACAAUUGCAGUCAGUUUAGCCAUCCUGCUGGCCAUCUGCCUCAUGAAGAAAGUUGACAGUGAAAAAGAAAAGUGUCUGAGGGGUAAAGAUGGCACGGACACCAUGUACACUGCUGAUGAUGCUGAGAAAGCCCUAACACCCCCUGAUGAAUGUAUCAGUGAUCUGUACAAAGAAAAACCACAGAAACCAGAAGACAGUGACUUAUAUAAAGACCUGUCACAGACAAGAGAUGCCAACAUGCUCACACCAGAAAAGAAUGGCUCAAACAUUUUUGUGAAGCCCAACAUGUUAACUGAUGUGAAGACGAGUAAUACAAAGCUGUGUUACUCUCCACGGAAACUCGUCCAGUUUGCUGACGAAGUCAUGUUCACGAGGGAUGACUCCCUGGAUGACGUCCACAGUGAGACAGACAGUGGUCAGGGUGGCAGUGACAUCAUGGUGCAACACAGUGACUCGGUUGUGAGCAGUGCAAGUUAUGUGUAACCCGGAGAAGGACACCCUACAGAAUGCUUGUUGGUGUUUAAGGAUAAUCAUGUGAUAUAUAAACUCUCUGAAGAUCUCCUCUGUGCCAAAUUGUUAUCUAUCAAACUAGUUACUUUUUAGUCAUGUGUACUUUGACUAUAUUUUGUGGAUAAAGUUACAAAUGGAUCCAGUCAAAUGGGAAAAAAAAAAAAUUGAAUUGAAUUGUUAUUCAAGGACAAACAUUUGAAUAAAUGUUCAUCAAGGAGAGUUUAAAAUGAGUGUCAUGUUCUAAAUGGAUCCUUCUGGAAAAAGAAACUUCUGAACAGAUUUAUCCUAAAGACAUAUUCUGAACUGUCUUUUUUGAAUGGAUCCUUCCUGAAGAAACUUUUUAAUGGAUCCUUCCAUACAAAAUAAAAGUUCUAAAUGGAUUGUUCCUGAAGAAGGAUGUUCAAACUGGUUUCUUCCUCAAUAAGAAGUGUCUGGCAGUUCUGAAGUUAUUCAUGGUGCCUCUCCACAAGUUCCAGUGCUAAAAUUCCAGUGCUAUCUACAUAUGUAUCUGUGGAUGAAUUACUGAAAUGGUGUCUUUGUGAUAAAUGGCCAGUCAUAUUAUAAUGCCUGAGGAAUUCUAAGACUACAGUGUUGUGUGUAAUCAUCUACCAGUUACAGCCAGUUGACAUUUCUAACAACCAAGACCAGCCAUGUGAUAUCAUCUAUGACAGGAUGUGCAAUAACCGGCAAGGAGACACACAGCAUCCUGUGAACCCAAAUUCUUGUUGAAUACUUUGAAUAAUUAAAUAAUUGUGUAUAUACA